UAAAAAAAAGUGACGUUUUAGAACUGAGACAAAAUGGCCAAAAAUCCGCUUUGUUGUAUAAUUUGGUUCAUUGCUCUCUAUUUUUCUUUCAUCGUUGCAUUUUUCUGUGCAUAUUGGUACAUCAUAUUUUAUCCUUUCACAGUGUGUAUAGACGCUUGCUCGGGCUAUACGGACUUGCUACUGAAAGGAAUUCAGUUACCUCACUACUGUGCUAACAAAAUGGUCAAUUGUGAAGGAUGUUAAUGGAUUCCUUUCAAAAAUCACCAAAAAAAUUUGGAUUUUUGUUUUGUUUUUGGAGUAGUGUAUAUGAAAAUGAUUACCAUCAUUGCAAGGGGAACCCCGGAGAGUUCACUGUUAAUGUAAAGCGCGGUUUGCAGUUGGAGAAAAUCCCAACCCUCUUGGUACAUAUUCACAGAAGCUCCUGACAGUUUGUGCUUUUUGAUUACAUCGUUGAUAAAGAUUAUUUCAGAUUGUCUCAUUGUUAAAUCGUCCUCAUUGCUAUAAA